AUGUCUCGUGACGUAAGAGUCGCCUUUAUAAGAUGCUGGAUAUCGGAGCAGAGCGCACUUUACGCUCCACUCUUCAUCUUGCGGGAGUCUCCACUGUGCGCGCGGAUUACAACUCAUCCAAAAAGUGGUGACUUGGACAUGACAGACUCCCACAAAUAUAAAACAACAGUUAGGAAAGGGUGGUCUCGUGAUGAAGUGUGAUGAAUAAUGACAGCUUUGCCAAAACUACUCACGCGUCCAAAGAAACUGGUGCGCGCAAUGACAUGCUGAUUAUGGAGAGAGGACGCGCGGUGGUAACAGGUGGCACUUUGUGAUUGCAGGGUGUUUUUCAGCCUUUGUGUCAGCUCCAGUUUUAGAGGGAGAGACUUGGCAGCUGUAUGCUCUCAGCAGCAGUGGAGGAAUGUGCGAAGUGUUCAUGUCCCAAAGGAAAACCAUCAUGGAGACAGACUUGAGAAGGAAACCGCUGUUCAUAAACUUUCCACGUGAGCAAUGUGACCAACCAUAACCAACCAAAAAAUAGGCUACAAAGUGAAGACAAGCUCCGAUGAAUGGACGGCAGGAUGUUUUCCGGUCAGGCUGGUCUGAAUUACAGCUUCAACCUGAGCGAUGACCGGGAGCUGGUGGACGCGCCGGCGGGCAGAGGGAAGCUCUCCCCGACGGGCUUCGUAGUGCUGUCCGUGGUGCUGGGCUUCAUCAUGACCUUUGGCUUCCUCAACAACUUCAUCGUGCUGCUUCUGUUUUGCAAAUUCAAGAAGCUGCGGACGCCGGUGAACAUGCUGCUGCUCAACAUCAGUGUGAGUGACAUGCUGGUGUGUGUCUUCGGCACCACGCUCAGUUUCGCCUCCAGUAUCCGGGGGAGGUGGCUGCUGGGGCGCAGCGGCUGCAGCUGGUACGGCUUCAUCAACUCCUGCUUCGGUAUUGUGUCACUGAUCUCUCUGGUGAUCCUCUCCUACGACCGCUACAGCACUCUGACUGUAUACAACAAGCGUGGACCAGACUAUCGCAAGCCCCUGCUGGCUGUCGGGGGCUCUUGGCUAUACUCCUUGUUCUGGACAGUGCCCCCUCUGCUGGGCUGGAGCAGCUACGGCAUAGAGGGGGCAGGAACCAGCUGCUCUGUGUCCUGGACGGUUCAGACGGCCCAGUCGCAUGCUUACAUCAUCUGCCUCUUCAUUUUCUGCCUGGGUCUACCCAUCAUAGUGAUGAUCUACUGCUACUCCAGGCUGUUAUGGGCAGUCAAACAGGUGGGUAAAAUCCGAAAGACUGCAGCCAGGAGGAGAGAGUUCCACAUACUGUUCAUGGUUCUGACCACAGCGGCCUGCUACAUGCUGUGCUGGAUGCCUUACGGUAUUGUGGCCAUGAUGGCGACGUUCGGCCCGCCCAACAUCAUUAGCCCAGUGGCCAGCGUGGUGCCAUCACUACUGGCCAAGAGCAGCACUGUCAUCAACCCUCUCAUCUACAUACUCAUGAACAAACAGUUCUACAGGUGUUUCCUGAUUCUGUUUCACUGCGAUCACUGGUCAGCGGAGAACGGCAACACCUCCAUGCCCUCCAAGACCACCGUAAUCCAGCUGAACCGCAGAGUCUACAGCAACACGGUAGCCUGCACCGCCCAGAUCUCCCCCGCCAACCAGUGUUGCAGCACCUCGGCCACCAAGCACACAACCCCCCCGAAGUCACUACCUGAGGCUGAAUUAACAACGUGACCAGACAGGAAACUCAAGUCGUGAUGAAGCAGUGAUUGCUCAGCUUCACAGCUACACUUACAAUGUGAACUGCCAUUGAAUGUGAACUAAAGCAUGAUGCAUUUAGAAAGUAAAUGUACGUUAUAUGUGAGUUUGUGUUUGUCCUUGAGCUUUUGACAUGUACAACACACAACAGAACUAAAUGUCUGGUGGCAUAGAUAUUUUAUAUGGCCAAAUGUAUGUGGACACCUGAACCUUUAUGCCAUUGUGGAACAUCUCAUUCCUAAACCAUGAAAAGCAGUUCGGCAGCAGCUACUAUAACAGUGUCCACGUAUCUGGGAAGAUUCUACAAGAUUUUGCUCCUAUUUGGCUGCAAAGCAAGUUCCAGCACUGAAGAUGGGUGAUAAUACCUUGCUCAGAUUCGGCUCCCAAUUCAUCCCAAAGGACGUUUCAAGGGUUUAGGUCAGAGCUCUCUGCACCGAGUCCCGAAAACCAUUUCUCUAAGAUUCUUGCCUUGUGAACAAGGGAUAUGUAAUGUAAAGGAUGCUCUCGGAAAAAUGCAAAAUAAUGUCUAAAAUAUUGUCGUGUGUACAAAAGAAAGACUGCAAACAAGACAAAAAGUACACAACAAUAUUCAGACAUCUACUUUUGGCCAUAUAGAGUGCUUAACCCUUGUUUAUAGGUCUAUCCAUCCAGGAAAUACUAUUGUUUAAAUAGUCAUUGUUUGAUCAAUUCCAAAUUGUAAUAAUUGAUAUUAAAAGGUUUAAUCAAUGUUGUUCAAAGCACAUUUUCUCUUAUUUACAAUGGAACCAAGGUGAAAAUGUUUUGGGAAAUAUCUUCAAAUCUGUAAGGGUGCUUUAACACCUGCCUUGUUUGGUUCGGUUCAAUCGGACACAAGUUCGUUUGCUGCCUAGGUGCGGUUCGUUUCGACAGGUGUGAACACAGCAAUCGCACUUGGGUGCACACCAAAACGAUGGGAUGGAAAUCUUCUUGAUGAGGUGGUCUCGGUGCGGUUACAAAAGAAUUAUUUAGGAAUAUUAAUGUGCACCUCCUCCUGUGCUGCCUUAAUAUGCACAUUCAGCACAUCCAAUGCAUCAAAACAUUGUUUUCUAGUUGGAGCCGCGCCUCGUUUUCAAACUGUAUGGUUUGACUAAAAUGAACAAUGACAGCAAUAUAGUCCACGAUGAGCAGCGCUAAAAUCAACCUGCGUAGUUGUCCCUCCAUUGUGACAUUAGAAAGUGUCACAUUUAUCUUGCAAGUGUACUCUUCUUCAGUGUUCCUGGAUUUUUCCCACAUGGAAAUUCUGACCAAUCAAGAGCAGCUUUCUUAAGCAAGGAAUUUAUCUGAUCCGCUUGUAAAUGCUGCCGUGAGAACACGAACCAACUCUAGGCAAUUAUACAACUUUGUAACAAAACUAGUCCCUGAUUCAGACCAAAGCAAGACAACUCUAGGUCUGAAAGCACCCUAAGUUUUAAGCAUUUUGUGGUUCAUCCCAACUCUUGUUUCUUGAGGAUUUCCAAACCAAGGUGCACACCAACUUCAGUGGGGUUAAUUUUAGAAUGACGACACCUUUCUUUACCAUUAAAAUGUAAUCACUACAAAAUCCGAUUAACUUACAAAUUAUAAUAUAUAAUAAUAUUUUUUAUGUGAAAUAUGAAAUACAGUUGUUUUUUUUCCAACCAUUUUUUCUACAAAGCAAAAACCCGGUGCCUAUUCUCUGUUGCCAUCCAGUCAGUUUGUCAUUGUGCUGCUGUAAAUGCCGAGGCUAGUCAGCCAUAGAGUCGUGCUUCUUCAGUGUGUCUUAAAUGGAUUGAUGUAUUCAUCAGUUAACUGCCGUCCUUUCCUUCUUCUUUACUUCAAGCCUCUGUGAUGCUCUGACUGUAAAAAAUUCUCACACUGAAUUCAUCUUUUAACUUGUAUGGGACUUUGCUCGGUUAUUUUAUUUAUUUUUACUUUUGUGAUAGUGUUUUCUCUUUAAUGUGGUUACUUUGUGUUAUUGCAUGAUUUUGUGGACUGUGUCCUUGUACAUUAAAUUCGAAAUUGAUCAGAAGUCAUGGAGAGACUGUUACUUAUGUUUCUAAGUAAAAGAACUUCACCCUCUCUGGGAGUGACUGGUCACACCCGUAGUCUCACUAGGGAGAGAGUGGAGGCUAUGGGAGGUUUCCAUCACGUUAAAGGAAGAGGAGCACAAGGAAGGGGCUAUGGGACGACUACAGGCUCAUACUUCAGAAGAGGCCACUUUGAGAUUGGAGAAAAGCAGCAACGUUUGACUUUGACGUCUCAAGUCCGACCAGCCAACGAAUAAUGGUGUGCACAGAGGACACUGUGCAGGCUGUGAUGCAACACACACAGAGCUAACCUAAAGAAUAAAAGCUUCUUGAAUGUGUGUUGAUCUGAGGUUGAGAGGGUCUCUCUUUAUAUUGUCCACUGCGUUCUAGACCAUAAAAAACAGAAUGCAGUACAGGGAAGUGGAACACACAGGCUGCUGAAAUUAAAUGUCCCUGAGAGAAAUGAGAAACAGGUAACGCACGUUUGAUACAAACUCGAAAUGCUUUUGCUUUGCUCUGAAACAGUGGCGGCUGAACUCACUGCAGAGUGGUCAUUUUAUUGUAUUUUAUUGUUGGUUUUAGUUAUUUUAAUAAAUGUCAUUGCUCUGGAAGAGGAUUACUGUGUUGCUGUAUU